AGAUCAUUAAUUAAGUCAUGUGUCAUCAUGGAGGAGGUAGACGGUAUAAUAAUCCAUUCUUUACGUCAAGUUGGAUGCGAUGUCGAAGACGACGUUGACAGUCUAAAGCAAUUUUCUACCGAACUUGUAAUUGAAGCUGCUGUUAGAUGCUUGGAUGUAAUUCAACCAGGACUGGGGCUUCCUCAUUCCCUACCAGACUCUAUGUCAGCAAGGUUUCGGGUUGGAGCAAGCAUUGCACAGGCGUGCAAGAACUUGGGUUAUUCUGGGGACAUAGGUUAUCAGACAUUCCUGUAUUCAAGUGAAAUAGAUAUUCGAAGGGUGUUUGUGUUCCUGAUUGAAAAGCUGCCUAAAGAGUCUGGGAAGAGCAUAGUAGAGCCAACAGGAAGAAUUGGUGUUCUUGAAAAAGCUGUCAGUGAGACGGUGAAGAAGCAAUUGGCAUCUCCUUGGUUACCAAGAUACUGCAGACGUAGAGGUAUAAGGUGGUAUGAUGACGGCACAUGGAGUAGGGAGGGAUGUGGGCACAACCAGCCUUUCAUUUCUUGUAACAUAGAUGUUCCUAAAACUGCAAAUUCAAGAGGACUUUCCCAAGCAUGGCGUGAAUAUUAUGUUCAUCACUUACCACUUGUGACAGAACAAGUCCCACAUAUUCAUCAGUUACUACCCUCUUUAAUUACGCUUAAUGCAAAAGGCCUUUUGACACCAGUGCAACCAGUUCAUGGUGCAAUCUCAAAUUGGGACACUUGUAAAAUUAAUCAGCAGCUAACAGAUUGCAUAGCAAGAAGUUUUGACGGAUGUUCAAGUGCUCCAGAAAAGGAAUCCAGUGUUGCUGCAUUGCAUAUACAGGACAAUGACAAAAAGAGGAGGAAGGAAACCAAUUCAAGAUUUGCCUUAAGUGAAAGGUUACAGUUCACUAAGGAAUCUAAUAAAGAUAAGAAAUUACAGGAGUCUGAUGAACAGCCUUUUAAGUCACAAGUGGUUAUGGGGGCUGAGAAGAAGAGAGGGAAGGAAGAAGAAAUGCAGAUUGCUAAAGGAGAGAUGGAGAGAUUAAAAGAGUGUCUGGAGGCUCUGCAAUUAGAUGUUAAGAAACUGACAACUAAACUUUCUCAGAUUACAGAAGAAAAAUCGCAUGAGAUAAGAGUGUUGAAAAAUAAAGAGCAACAACAAAUUGUGAAAAAACAAACAUAUGAUUUGUUGCCAGAGGCAGAUACUAACUUAAGUGCGCUGCAAACUUCAGUGGAAAGUAGUGCACAAACCUUAGUACUGCUUGCUGCACAGUGGGAAAAGCACAGAGCACCUCUCUUGGCACAAUACAGAGAUGCAAGGGAACGUAACUCCAAUAAAGCAUCAGAGAGCCAGAAGAAAGUUGAUGCAUUGCGUAACUUGCGAGAGAAAAGUAGAGAGUUGGGAGAAGAAGUACGUCAUAAAGAGCAACUUCAUUCUCAACUUGUAACUGAAUAUGAAAAGGUCACCAAGGAUAUCAACAGAUCGGCCUAUACACGUCGUAUCAUGGAGAUAAUUGGAAAUAUAUCUAAACAGAAGGAAGAAAUUGACAAAGUCCUGAAAGACACAAAGGAUUUACAGAAGGAGAUAAACAACUUAACUGGACAACUUGAUAGAUCUUUCACUGUUGCAGAUGAGCUCAUAUUUCGGGAUGCAAAGCGUGAUGAAACAGCUAGAAGAGCAUACAAACUUCUUGCAACACUGCAUUCAGAUUGCAGUGAAUUGGUGCAAAUGGUAGAAGAGACGGGGGCAACAGUCAGAGAAAUUCGGGAUCUAGAAGAACAGAUUGAGACUGAAAGGGCUAAGAAUGUGGGUGCUAACCUGGACCGGAUCUCUGCGGAUCUGCGACAGAUGAAACAGGAAACUGCUGCCCUUACAGCCCAGCUAAAUGCCAAGUCAUGAUACAUACACUUGUAAGAUUGUUAACUUGCAGAUCUGAAUGCAUUGGACCAAACUCUUAGUCAACGAAUAUUAAAAGGUGAAAUAAUAAAGUUUUUAGCAAUCAUUGAUGAAAUGUGCUAUUGUAAUUACUAUAAAUAAAUAAUGUACCAGGUAAUAUUGCUUGUCCACUUUUAAUAAGGUAAAGGAAGGGUGUUAUGAAAAUGAAUUGCAAAUGGAGAUUAUUUUGUAGAUAUGUAAUACUGAAUUAAAUAGGGUUGCCAAAUGAUAUAUAAAAAUUUAGAUACAUUUUUAAGAGGGGUUUCUGAUAUAAAAUUUUUGCAAGUUAUUCUCAUAUAACCAAUAAAAAUCCAGCAAUGAACCUAUUAUUUAUGUACUUUAUGAGAGUUUUUAUUUAUUACUGUAAAAUAUCUAUACAUCCACUCCCCCAUACAUCUUCAUGGAGUAGUGCUUAAUUAGUUAAGCACAGGAACAACUUUACCUUUACCUUUUACUGUAAAAUAUCACAUGCAAAUAUGUCAGGAGCGAACCAGGUUAUGUCCAAUAUGGAUGCUGGAUACCUUUCCCAAAACUCAUUUAUCCUAUAUAAUUUACAAAAAUUUGCUGUAGACGUGCUGUAUAAGCCAUCUUGAUAUAUAAAUAUUUAGCACCAUGUAUGAGCCAUUCUGAACAGUAAUGACUCACAUGGAAAACCACUUCUGAGAAAACAGCUUAAAAUGUUUGUGAAAAUAUAAAUCAUAUCUGCCACAAGAUCAGUCCUGUGAUUUAGGAAUACAGUAUGUUUGCAUUUUAUGCAAAUUUGGCAUAUUGUGAUGUAAAAAAUAUUAAUAAAGUAUCACAUUAUGUCUAAAGUUUGAAAUAAUGCAUACCCCAAAAAUUCAGGAAGAAUCGUGUGUUUCAAAACUUGUCUUGAAUUAUGCGAGGUCUUCAGAAACACAUCCCUUGCAUAAAAUGUGAAUGCACUGAAUAUGCCCAUGAAUGUAAAUAGACUUCACUGCCUAUUACUUUCUUGCAUUCUCUAGUUCAAUUAUGCUUGUUCAGCUUCCAUAGGUCAUGUUUCUUAUCCUCAUUUCAUUCACCAGCAGUUUGAAGAAUAUUAGAGAUGAACUCUACUCUUCGGACUUCAUGUAAGUUCUUAACUGUUGCUGUCACACCAAGAGUCUUUUGUAAUUCAUUUUAUGAACUGCAGUUACUGGUGGGGAAUGCAAUCACUGUCUGUAGGGAACCUUGUUUUGAUAUUACUUGGCAUCCCUAAUUUGAGUUUUUUCAUAUUAUAGUUUGUAAAUAGUAAUGUUUAUGGAGAUCAUGUCAUACAGACUGGUAGAGCAUUCUGAAUGUUUCAGAGGAAACAGUUGUGUGUCUCUUUAGGAUAGGCUCUUCUGUCCUCAUCUGCCCUGAAGAUGGAAAUAUCAGGUUUCUCAAAAACACAGGUAACAAUCAACAAGGCCUCUUGGAGUAACAUCCCUGAAGACAGUGGCCUACAUAGUCUCAGCCAUGAAUACCUCAAAUCUCAUAAUCAUGUAUGGGAUGAAGUUUGAAGGUUUAAUUGGAUUUAAAAGGCAAAUUUUUGCUGUUAUACAUGGUAGGAUGAAGUCAUUUAUUUUAUUUUCAGAUGGAUAUACAUGUUUUCUAGAUAAAAAUAUAACCAUGGUAUAUAAAAAUAAAAAAAGUGGAAUUUUUAUAUGCAAUAAUUGAGUAUGCUUACAGUUAAAGCACAUGUUGAAUUUAUUUUGUUAUAACAACAUUCAUAUGGUCUUCAUAAGUUCAGAACUCACUUGGAUUAAUAAGGCAAGGGAACAAUGUUUCUAAUUGUGUGAUUUACAGAAUAUGAACUUUUUUCUUCAGACGGUCCAUUUAUGGAUGGCAGAAGUAAUAAUAAUUACUAUAAUUUUACACUUGUGAUAGGUAUUGAAACAUUUUGAUGCUUACACCCGAAUUUUGAUGCUGAAGGAACAGCAAUAUGUGUGCUUGAAAAUUAUGUUACCUCAUGUUAGGUGAUAACUGUUUUCUUUUCUGGGUGUAAUGCUUCAUGUGAAAAAUUUGAAGGUUUAUAAUUUUUCUUCAUAAACUAGGAAUUUUAUUAGUCCCUGAUUCAUGUUUUAUGUAAAAUGCCACAUUUCAAUAUUCUGAUAAUUUAGAAGCUACUUUCAAGCUGAAGCACAGAUUUUCAGCCACAAGUGAUAGGUUGAACGCAUAUAAAUCCCAGUUACUCUAUAACCUGGUCUCAGAUCAAGUCCCCUGCUUGUUUAAAAUGAUUGUCUUUGUACUCGGUAUAUAUAUAUAACUUUUAAAUUGGGAUAUGUAGUCUAGUAAAGUGUGAAUUCAGUUUAGUAAAAGGCUAAAGAUGAAAUUCAGUCCAGCACAUAUGAAAGACUAUUCACAAGAAAACUAUUCUGGCUGAUCAAAUGGUAAUAAAAUAAAAUAUUGGAUGUUCUUACUAAACUUUACUGACAACAUUUUAUUUCACUAUUUACUUUGCAUUUUCAACCAUUAGUUUACAUGAACCCCCAAUAAAACAUAUUUGCUAAUUCUGGUGAAAUUUGAUAUUUCAACUUGUUAAUUAACUCUAAACACUGAAUUGCAAUUAUGGAACAUACCAGUAAAAAAAGACCCAUAGGAUGAAAAUUGGUUUUUUAAUAACAUGUUGGAUAUACACAGCAGGAAAAAUAGAGUUAAUUUGUGAAGUAGAGAUACUGGUAGUUCUUGAAAUGCACAGUAGCUGUAAUAAGAAAUGCACAUGAUUUGUAUUUUGGGAUAGGAAAGCACUUAUUAAAACCGAAUGGGUAAAAUUAAUAAAAAGAUCCAUAUGUCAUGCAGUGUUUGAAGCGCCAUUUAAUACAGAGUUCAAGUUUGAGCUUCAAAAUUUGGGAAUUUGUAAAUGUAUGGUGUUAAAUGAUGCUAUGUGUAUGAAGCAGUGACAGGAGGAAACAGAAGCAUACCUGAAGAUGUGCUUUGUCUGAGUGAAGAAUUUUGUUAUUCAUCUGCUGAGACUGGCAUUUUACAGCACAAAUAUGCUUACAUGAGAAUGUUUUACAUUUAUCCAUCACUUUAUGAUGUGAAUUAUUUACUGAGCAUAGAAGUAAAAUUGUACUAUGUAUACAGAAAAUCUGAGAGUAGCACUAUAAAAAUUUUAAGAAAUCAAAUAUGUACAGUACAUAUGGAAAUUAAGGUGAAUGAUUAUGUAUCAGCACCAUGAUACAGUGUAAUCUGUAAAUAGUGAAAUAAGUUGUCCCAUCUUUAUUGACAUUUUGUAACUUUGGAAACUCAUUCAACAGUUACACACCACUAUGAAAAUCAUUACAGAACUAAUAAAGGACAAUCUUUUGUGAUUAGCAUUCAUACAAGUAAGAGCUAAAUUGUAAAUAGUAGUUAUGAUUGAGAAAGUAUAUCUGGACUUGUACUUUAUCAUGAUAAUUGAUUAAAAGAGUUCUUUGUAAUUUUUUAUUGGC